CUACGGAAGCCGUGGAGUUUACGCAGCUAGCGAGCUUGCUUCCUGAAAAUGGCCAGCUGGGGAAGAGUCGCCGCUGUCUGGAGGAAUGUUUUGAGGAGUCCUCGGUCUCUGAAAAGUUUUGCGCUGCGCCGUGCUGUCGGCCCUGGUGUUCUGGGCUCUGUAAUCGGAACUGGGCUUAUCUGUUAUUACCAAUAUCAUGCAAACAACACGACUCUGCCCUUCGCCGUUCAUGCCGAGGAAGAAAAAGAAGUCGCAGCUCCCCAGCUGUCUGCCAGAAAGAUUCGUUUCAUCCAGUUCGCCUCAGUGGUCUACGAACAGGAGCCCUACAUGACCCCGAGAGACUUCCUGUUCUCCGUGAUGCUGGAGAACGUUGACCGAAAGCUGCGGCAGAGAAUUUUAACAGCACAGGAAGUUAACAAAAUGUUGGCCGCUGCCUCUAAAGCUCGGGCUGGUAAUGAGCUGUUCAGAACCUUAGGAGACAAUGGUUUGAUAUCCUACACAGAGUAUCUGUUCCUGCUGACUAUCCUGACCAAGCCACGUACAGGAUUUCAUAUAGCUUUCAAAAUGCUUGAUGUUGACGGCAAUGAGCAAGUGGACAAAAAGGAAUUUCUCAAGCUGAAGAAAAUCAUUGGAAAAAGUAAAGUUCCUAAGGACAGCACAGAGAAACCAGCAGAGGAAGGGGAAAGUGUGAACACAACGCUGCAGGCCUACUUCUUUGGGAAGAAAGGAGAAAACAAGUUGCAGUAUCAGGAGUUCCAAAGGUUCAUGGAGGACCUGCAGGCUGAAGUCCAGGAGAUGGAGUUCCUGCAGUUCUCCAAAGGUAUGGACACCAUGCGAAGAGAAGACUUUGCAGAGUGGCUGCUACACUACACCAACGAAGAAGACAAUGAAGUCUACUGGGAGAACAUGAGGAAGAGGAUCCCUGCUGGCCAGAGUAUCACAUUUGAUGAGUUCAAAGUCUUCUGUCUCUUCACCAACAAUCUGGAGGAUUUUGCUUUUUCAAUGAAACUGGUCACUGGAACCAACCGUCCUGUUGGAAUGGCCCAGUUCAAGCGCGCUGUGAAGAUCGCCACAGGCCAUGAUCUGUCUUUGAAUGUGCUGGAUACUAUAUUUAAACUCUUUGAUAUGGAUGGAGACAACUGCCUGAGCCAUAAGGAAUUCAUUGGUGUGAUGAAAGACCGAGUGCUGCGAGGUCUGAAGGUGCCGCAGCAGACCGGCCUCUCUGGCUACUGGAAAUGUGUGAAGAGAGAGACUCUGAAGGGAGCUAAGGAGGCCAUGGGGGACGACUGGUGCCCCAUCUGAACCACCGUGAUGUUCCAGGACACGCCUGAUAGACCAUUACUCAUGCCACUUCUCACCUUGGUAUCUUAUAAUCAAAUAUGUGGAGUGAAGAUUAGAAAUGUAACCACAUGUAAAGAAACAGGAUCUACACCACUAUCUGGUUUAUAAAUUACAGAUCAGCAAUCUAUUGUCUGAUAUUAGCUGAAGAACUGUGGGUCUGGGUGUGGUGUUUACAAUAUUUUUUUAUUGUUUGGUGCAGUGUGUUGGCCUUUGUGCUCAUCAGUCAUGCAUUUUAUAUUCAAAAUGUCUGAUCACUUUUAAAUUGAUUCUGCACUCAACACACUCACAAGCAGUGUUUAGAAAACUGGUUAACUGUGGUUCGAGGGACAGAUGCUAAUUCUGUGCAUAGUGACACGUUUUCAAGUCUUAUACAGUAGCUGUGUGGGUUUUUCAUGUUUGUCAAAUUAUUUAUCAAAUGAAGUUUUUGCUGCACAUGUGAGGUUCAAAGAAUAAACCAGCUGUAACUAGUAA